AUGCCAGCAGUUGAAAGCCACAUACGAAUCGCGUCACAGAGCCGGAUUCGCCAAGACAGACAGGCGGCUUCAGGAAUUACACCUCUAAAAGCGAGCGAUUAUGUCCUUGCGCAGGGAACAGGGGGUGUUUCGCUAUUCGCUAUUCUCUUCGCACUUGCUGCCGGGGCAACUAUCAUUGCCACGACAUCCUCAGAGAAGGCCCGCAAACUGAAAGACUUGGGCACUCAGCAUAUCCUGAACUACCGCGACGAUCCUAACUGGGGCGAGACAGCCCGAAAAUUAACACGCGAUGAACUAGGCUGCCAGCGUGUGAUUGAAUCCUUCAACUGUGUUGCGCGCGGUGGGGGGAUUAAUGUUAUCGGGUUCUUGACUGGUCAGGGACAUGCGGAGGAUGGGCCUAUGUAUUUACAGCCGCUCUUGCAGGCUUGUAUAGUGAGGUGGAUCGAGGUUGGUAAUCGUAUACAGUUCGAGGAGAUGAAUCGGGCUAUUGAGGGGUAUGGAAUUGAGCCGGUUGUUGACCUGAGAGCGUUUGGGUUGAGGGAGUUGAAGGAGGCGUAUAAUAUGUUUGGGGGCAGCGGCAUUUUGGGAAGGUUGUUCUUUCAGAUGCGAUUUAGUAGGCAGCAGUUAUCAUUAGACCAUCGGGGAAACCAGGAUUUAACUGAGCUAUUUCAUGUCCGGAAUGUUGCUGCAAGAGCAAAACACGAGGAGAAGACUGAUUAUCUUGAUUUGGCUGUGUGGGAUUAUCGGAAGGAGGCGCAGGAGCCGCCGUUUGAGGGACGAAGGUUGGUGAGCGUGUUCAUGGAAUUGCCGCAGUCGUCUGUUCGUGUUGGGGCUUCGGGGCAUAUUUUGAGUGCGCGCCAGGCUGCUGGUGUACUUGAUGUUGGGUGUGAUUUUGUUAUGAUUGGGAAGGCAGCUGUUCUUGAUGCUGAGUUGAGUGAUGAGUAUUGUGCGCUGGAAUUGCCUGUGACGGGUGAUUAG